GCUAGCUGUCGCGAUACAUAGUAAUGAUCAUGAAGCCUAGCCUAUGCUACAUGAAUGAACGACACUGCCUCGAAUUUCAAGUCAUCUCCUGCGUCGAUUCUGCAUCCGCGUCUGGUAACUGAAUGAAUAUUGAGAAUGGGAAUUCAGGGACUUCUCCCAUUCUUGAAGGAGGCAUCUGAGCCUAUUCACAUCAGGAAAUACAAGGGGUAUACCCUUGGUAUUGAUACAUACUGCUGGAUACAUCGUGGAGCAGUAGCCUGUGCCACUCAGUUAGCUAAAGGAGAUCCGGCUGAUCAUUAUGUAAGAUAUUGCUUGAAGUAUGUUAACAUGCUGAGGGCGCUAGACAUCAAACCAGUCAUGGUGUUUGACGGAAGGAAUCUACCGGCAAAAGCUGCCGUUGAAGACAGCAGAAGAGAACGGCGAGAGACAUACAGUCGAAAGGGACGUCAGUUCUUGAGAGAAGGGAAGGCCAGUGAAGCCAGGGAUUGUUUUGUGAAAUGCAUCAAUGUUACACCAGAGAUGGCUUUGGAUGUAAUGAAGGCGGUAAGGAGCUUCGGUGUAGACUGCAUUGUAGCUCCUUACGAGGCCGAUGCACAACUGGCCUACCUUGAGAAACAUGGCUUCGUUCAGGCUGUCAUUACAGAAGACUCGGAUCUCAUUGCGUUUGGCUGUAAGAAGGUCAUCGUGAAGCUAGACUUGGCAGGUAACUGCAUGGAAGUGGACUCCUCACGCCUCAAUAUAGCCAUGAAGAUCGGAGAGAAAUUCACACCGGAGAAGUUCCGCUACAUGUGUAUCAUUGCCGGUUGCGACUACCUGGCGUCGCUGCCUGGGAUUGGGAUCGGCAAGGCACGGAAACUCUUCCAGCUGACAGUAAACCCUGAUAUUAAACAGGUUAUUAAGAGAAUGGCAACGACCCUGAAAAUGAAAUCAACAACUGUGACCCCAGAAUACAUGGAGGGAUUCCAGCAGGCCAACAACACAUUCCUCUAUCAACUAGCCUAUGACCCCAAUAAGAAGAAGCUACAACCUUUGACCCCAUACCCGCCAGAGGUCGGACCAUCAAUGCUGACCUACGCUGGCAAAUAUGUUGAUGAAAACAAGGCUUAUCAGAUGGCGUUGGGUAACAUCAAUUUUAACACCAUGGAAAGGAUGGCAGACUUUGAUCCAAUGGUCAACAAGCAUCAUGACAAGAAGACACCAAGGUACUUGUUGAGUAUUUGGCAUAAGGACUACCAACCAGGUCCUGGACUAGGAUGCUUGGACCAGGACCAUAUAGAACGAGAAAGGACAAAGGGGAAAGAGAUAACUGUUGAGGUUAAGCAGAGACUGAUCCAGAAAAAGAGACAGAGAGAGGAAGAAGAGGAAGUUCAAGGUCCGUCAGAUGACCAGCUCUCCUCCAUGUAUACCAACAACACAAUCAUAACCAAGGGACAGUCAGAUGAGAACCAGUGGUUAGAAUGCCAGCGUGUCAUCCCCGAGACUCCUGACAAAGAUGUAAUAGAAGAGCUCAAACCUGCUAAGAGGAAUAGGUUUGCUACUAAGCUAACGUCCAAGAAGAGAGCUAACAUAGUCAACAGUGGAGAGGUGGUUAUUAGUAGAUUUUUCCAGCCCAAGAAGCUGGAUGUCUCAGGAGAGAAUAAGCAGCAGAUACCUGGUGAUAGUAAGAUCAAACUGGAGGAGAGAGAAAACCAAAGAAUAAUGAACACUUCAGGACUUCUAGAAGGAAUUGUCGACAUUGAAAUGGAACAACAGAGACAAUUCAAAACGGAGAAUGAUGGUGAUGAUGAAGCGACUGAAAACUCAGAGGACGUGAUUGCGAUUGAAUCGAAGGAAAGUAUUUGUGGUAGUCGUUCCAAACACACACAUGUCUCGAAGAGUAUAGAUGCAUUACAAAGGUUUCAGAGGUCUUCCUCUGCCCCUGUACUAACAAAAACUGAAAGGAAUCUUUCAUCAAACUCACUCUCUACCUCUGUGAAACCUAAAACCUUGCCCGCAAGCCAGCAAUCUGAAGAUAUCCCUGACUCACAGAAGAGCAUUAUAGAGAUUGAAUCCUCUCAAGAUUCUGUAUGUUCGGUGAGGAGUGUCGAUACCUGCAGUCAAUCGUCAUCAUUGUCUUCAAGCCAGAGACAAGGUACACCCAGACCUAGGGGUGCCUUCUCCUGGAGCAAGAAAAAAGAACUACAAGGCAAGAAGUCUCUCAAGGACAGCAAACAGACCACAUUGGGAUCACUCAGUAACUUCAUAUUCAAACCCACACUGCAGAAGAAACCUAUGCCAAAGCAGGCUGUUGUAGGUGUCCAAGAUGGCCUACCAGAGAGCAACAGCCUGAGCAAGAGAGAUUCAUAUGAGAGACCAUCCUCUCCUGUGUCGCAGGAUUCCUCAUCGCAGCUCUUGAGUUUGUCUCGUUCCUCAUCCAUACCGGGAAGCAUGGACAUGGCAAGACUAGGUGAAGACAUCACUUUCAUGGAUUCACAGAGUAGUAACAUGACAGAAAGCCAGGACACCAGCUCUAUUGAUCUCACAUCAGAUGCAACCUCACAGCUCAUAGAGUUAUCCAUACCCCCACUCCCUCGACUACCAUUCCAGAUAGAUGUCAAUGCAGAGGAGGAGAGUAAAGGAGAGAGGAUGGAAGAGAUUAGAAGAACUGGGUUGUCCAGAAAGAGAAAGAAAAUCCCCUCAUUUGAUCAAUCUCCAACCAAAGUCACGAGUGAGGUGUCCAGCCCAGAUACCGACGAUGUGUCUCUUCCCAGUUCCACCGCAUCAUCACCAUCACCUCCACCGGCUUCCGCAUCUUUAAACACCGCCAAAGUCAUUGCCAUGGAAACUGCAUCACAAUCCAAAGACUCUAAUCACAAUGAUGCUGUUUCAGGAGGAUUAGGGUUAGGAACAGGGGAUGGUCCUAGGUCAUCUGGUCACUCUAGGGGAGGAGAGACGGAGGUUUCGUCGGGUGUGGUCGGGAAGAAGGGCGUGGUAAUGCAAGAAGAGGAAUGGGAGAACACCCCACCAGGGAGGGGAGGGGUGUCGCCCUACAAAAGACACCGGAAUAGAAGUCUAUCAGGAAGAAGACAUCAGGGAUCAGAAGCUGGGUUCAUCAGAGAAGCAAAUCAACAGAAUGCCAUAAUUUCUGAGCCAAAAAAACAAUCAGCUUUUCUUGGUAAAUGUAAAGCAUCUGGUCUGUCCAAGAAGAGACGACUGAGUGGCAAAGGCAAACCAGAAGCAACUCCUAAGGGACAAACUUCUCUCCUUGCAUUCAUGGCGAAACCAAAAACAACGAAUCCACUGAUCAGCCAGAAAGGGGUUUCCCCACUCUCACCAAACAGAGCCAACAUACAUGCAGACCUCACUCCAGAAACAGAUGGUAGUCUACUGUCCAGACAGGGACGUGCACUUGCCACAAAGAGGCAUAUAUUUGAGUAACACCUUCCGUCACCGCAUCAUUUAAAUCAUCAUUGUGCAUGUCUUGAUGGUCAGUUCCCUAUCCUUAAGUCCAGUACUUCAAACUAACUAUCAUAACAUAACAUGGUCUGGUGGUUCUUGCUCUCGCUUUUGGAACCAAGGGCCAUGGGUUCAAAUCCCAGCCAUGGCAUGAGAUCCUUCAGUAAAAAAUUGGUCCACAGUAUGCUACACUUAACCGACAUAAAACGGGUCCAAAGUUGCCAGGACAAACCUGUGACAUCAUAAUUUGUGCGUGUUUUGUACAAAUAUUUUUGGAGGGCUAAUACAAAUUGAUAUAUGAAUUCACAAUGCUGUUACUUCUUCAUGAGAUUUUACAUACCAUAAAGUAUUAAUAUAGAGAAAGUACUAAACCUAUUUGUUAUUAUUUUUUUCUCACAUGAGGAUUCCUGUCUUGUAUUCAUUAUUGUCAAGACGGAUCACAAACGAUAUUGUUGAAUGCUAUUCAAUACCAAUUUAUUGCAUUCAGUCGUAUUCAGUAAAGUGUGAUUUAUUAGUAUAUUAUAUUAAUUGGCUGCCCUUUACUUUUAUUUGGAAUCACAAAAUAUGGUGGUAAAAUGUUCAUUCAAUUUAUUCGACCGAAUAGUAGACCAACUGGGUUAAGCACAUGUGGCAUUAGACUCUGAGGAGCAGACCAAGAACUUGUAUAUCAAUUAAAUUUACCAUUGAUAGUAAGUGUAUGUUUGUGUAAGUUACACGUGCAAAUAGGUAAAGGAUGUUAAUGUAAUUUCAGCAAGGUCCAGCCAUUAUUGUAAUCUGUCCAUGCAAUCAAGCUUCCGAUCCAAACUCCAUUGUUAAUGUAAUCAACCUUAUCAUUCUUUUCAGGGUCUCUACGUAACAUUUGACAGAUUACUUGAAGUUAUGUAAAUGCUUCAAGGAAAGGCUGUGAAGAUAAAAUGUCAUCUUUUUUGUGUGUUAUCCCAACAGGAUUUGGGAGUUGUUGAUGAGGGCUUUAUUUAAUCUUUUCGAUAUUUCAUUGUCACCUUUUAGUAGAUCAAUUUAUUUUGAGGUGAUACCCUUGUCAUUUAACAUAAAAGAAAAAUUCAAUUGCACAAUCAAUUAUAUAUGUACUUGUAUUAUUGUAAGUUUAUCAAUUUGAUUUAGAUUUAAGUUUAAAUAGAUCCAUGAAACUUUGCAUUGCUUUGCUUAUAUGAGGAAUGGAAGGGAAUAAAUAGCUAGAUUUGAUUCCAUGCGUGUAUGCAUACUGGGACAAAUGAGGGGAUUGAUAAACCAUAGUUUAAAAUGAAUAUUGGAUAAUCUAAAAAUGACAAUUGAGAAAUUAUAGAAUUAUUGACCUAUUAUAUGUUGAUUUACUCCAACCCAUUACAAAGCAGAGUUAUAACUAACUUGAAUUAUAUAAACUCAUUCUCUUUGAUUUUAUGUCUCUUUAUAUUUUAGUCACUUUGUUUAAUGCAUGAAUUAAACCAUGAGGACUGUUUAGUUUUGACAGAUUUAAGUAAUAUUCUUAAAAUCUGAAAGUAAGAAAACAAAAAUUAGGAGACGUACUUUGCACAUGGACCCAUUAACACAAAGGUUUGUGGAGGAUUGCAGAUAUGGAAGCAUCACUCUUAUUGGUUCUAGCUCAAUGUUAUGAACAAAAUACAAAUGCAAUAAUGAUUUUGAUUGGUCAUUGGAUAAUGAUUUUGAUUGGUCAUUACCAUUUAGCUAUUGAUUGCAAACAUUUAUGUUGCAGAGCUCUAGUGUUAGUUUUAUUUUCAUUUUUUGAGGGUUUUUUUUUUUAGGCAGGUGGGAGACUUUCUCUCAUUUUACCACCUGAUUAACUAAUGCUUAUUUUUAUCAAAGUCAAUUAAACAGUAAAGUGUCAUCAAGUUUAAUGUAUAAACUAAGAGUAAUGUUGUAUGUGUAUAACAAUAUGAUUGAUAAUAUUGCCAUUUGUCAUGGUUUAAUGUAAGGGUGCAUGUUGCUCAUAUCUCAUGAACACCAAUGUAUCUGAAGUCAAUUGUUUUGUCUAAUAAUUUUUCCCCUCAUCGGUGCUGGUGUAACUAAUCAUGAAGAUCUUCUUGUAAAAUUAUUUGCUGCCAAAUUAACUUGUGUGUGCCACAAUUUCACCAGAAAUAAACAAUUUCAGCCAAAUAAAUUA